CUUGUCCUGUGACGUCAUCGCCGUGCGUCUGACUGACUGUCAAACUUUGACAGCAGGCGAGAAAAGAAAACAACUUUGACAGCAGGCGGGACGAAAUUGCCACCGAUAUCUGUGCUUUUGACUAACGAUCGCGUUUAAGUGACUAGUUAACAAUCUACAUGAAAUUAAUCCUCCGAAGAACAUGCAUAUGAAUCAUUGUUUACGUGUAUGGGUUGUGUUGUUAGGGCUUCACGUGACGAUCUCUCACGAGGUGACAAAUGACGUAACGCACGAAGGUGAUAAAGAUGAUGUGCGAUCAGAGGAUGUCAAGUUUCAGGUGUUGGGUCGAGCUGUGGUUCCUGGGGUCAGAACUCACGACUGGAUCUCAUCUGCUCGGGUUCUGCUCGAUGGAGACAAACACGUGGGAUUUCUCAGGUCUGAUGGAGGAUUUAGUGUCAGUGAUGUGCCUUCUGGAUCAUAUGUGCUGGACAUCUCAUCUCCGACAUACAGAUUUCAACCUGUGCGAGUUGACAUCUCCAGCACAGGCAAAAUUAGGGCUCGUGUGCUGAACUACAUCAAGACCUCAGAAGUGAUCCAGCUGCCGUAUCCUCUUCAGAUGAGAUACGCUGGACCUCACUCGUAUUUUAUACAACGAGAAACUUGGGGCUGGUCUGAUUUCUUCAUGAAUCCAAUGGUGUACAUGAUGGUGCUACCUCUUCUCAUAAUUGUUCUCCUUCCUAAAGUCAUCAACCCGAGUGACCCGGAGAUGCAAAGGGAAGUGGAGCAGUCGAUGAACAUGCUGAACCCAAAUACCGAGCUUCCAGAUGUUUCCGAGCUCAUGACCAAAUUCUUUUCACCACCCAAAAGUCAAAAGAAGCCAGGAGGUGGAACUCGGGUCCCAAAGGGUGGAGGUCCAGGUCAGAAGGGCGGAGGUCCGAGAAGGAGAGUCAAAGGCUGAAAUGGAUCAGAUAAAAUAAUCCUGCACAAAAAACUCAUCUGGUAUCCCGAUCAAAGACUUUAACCCUUGAUGUGACGGGGCUGAAGUCCGGCGCUGAUAG